CAGUGUAGCAGCAGCCGUCACCUCCGCUAGCAGACUGUGCCUUUGAGAAUUUGGGAUUGCAUUUUGCUCACUCGCUUUUAAAAAAAAACCACUGGAUCUUACAUGCCUCUCCUUUCCCCACUUCCACUCUAUGUCCCCAUGCUCCUGAGCCAGCAACAGAGCAUAUUCUCCAGAUGCCAGAUAAGUUGCUAAGGUAACAUCUGCAUGUCAGUAGACAAUCCUUGGUAGACCCAAGGCACCUGGAGACUCCCAUCUCUACCAAUUUUUUUUCUGUGUGUGUUCUUCCUUAGCAUUCAAAACUGUUUCUCCAAAGGGUUCUGCAGAAACUCAGACUGUUUUCUAAAGCAGAAUCACUUCAGUCCACAGCAGAAGCGAUGGGCAGUGUACGAACCAACCGCUAUAGCAUUGUCUCUUCAGAAGAAGAUGGCAUGAAAUUGGCCACCAUGGCAGUUGCAAAUGGCUUUGGAAAUGGGAAGAGUAAGGUCCAUACUCGACAGCAGUGCCGGAGCCGCUUUGUCAAGAAAGAUGGUCACUGCAAUGUCCAGUUCAUCAAUGUGGGUGAGAAGGGACAGAGGUACCUGGCAGACAUCUUUACCACAUGUGUGGACAUACGUUGGCGGUGGAUGCUGGUCAUCUUCUGUCUGGCUUUUGUUCUCUCGUGGCUGUUCUUUGGCUGUGUGUUUUGGUUGAUAGCACUACUUCAUGGGGACUUGGAUGCACCUGAUAACAACAAAGCAUGUGUAUCUCAGGUCAGCAGUUUUACUGCUGCCUUUCUUUUUUCCAUUGAAACUCAGACAACAAUAGGCUACGGCUUCAGGUGUGUCACUGAUGAAUGCCCCAUUGCGGUUUUCAUGGUAGUGUUCCAGUCCAUCGUGGGUUGCAUCAUUGAUGCAUUUAUCAUUGGUGCAGUCAUGGCUAAGAUGGCAAAGCCAAAAAAGAGGAAUGAGACUCUUGUCUUCAGCCACAAUGCUGUGGUCGCCAUGAGGGAUGGAAAACUGUGCUUAAUGUGGCGAGUAGGGAACCUCCGGAAAAGCCAUUUGGUGGAAGCUCACGUACGAGCACAGCUCCUCAAAUCCAGAAUUACGUCUGAAGGAGAAUACAUCCCACUCGAUCAAAUAGACAUCAAUGUGGGCUUUGACAGUGGAAUCGACCGUAUAUUUCUAGUCUCUCCAAUUACAAUAGUCCAUGAAAUAGAUGAAGACAGUCCUCUAUAUGACUUGAAUAAACAGGACAUGGACAAUGCAGACUUUGAAAUCGUUGUAAUACUAGAAGGGAUGGUAGAAGCCACUGCUAUGACAACGCAAUGUCGUAGCUCUUAUUUGGCAAAUGAAAUACUCUGGGGUCACCGCUAUGAGCCUGUCCUCUUUGAGGAGAAACACUACUACAAAGUGGACUAUUCCAGAUUUCACAAAACAUACGAAGUGCCCAACACACCUCUUUGCAGUGCCAGAGACUUAGCAGAAAAGAAAUAUAUCCUCUCAAAUGCUAAUUCCUUUUGCUAUGAGAAUGAGGUUGCACUCACGAGCAAAGAGGAAGAUGACAGUGAAAAUGGUGUGCCUGAGAGCACUAGCACAGACACACCCCCUGACAUAGACCAUCACAACCAAGCUGGGGUGCCCCUAGAGCCCAGACCACUAAGGCGAGAAUCAGAGAUAUGACUAACUGGCUUCUCUUUCAGGACGUGACUUUAAAACACAGUCUGUUGUUGGUCAAAGGCACAUUAGGCUGAAACUUGGCCCAAACAGUUUGCAGAUGACGGUACUGGUGAAGAGAUAUAUCAAGGCAAGCAGCCGCAGGGGAUGGAGGCUUGUUAUAAGGGUUUCAAAGGGAAGAUUGGAGAGUUGGAGCAUUAAUAUAAAGCACUAACAUGUCUACGCAUGAUCAGAUGGCACAUAUAUGUUGUAGAAUAAAUUAUUAUUUUUGAGAUAAAACUUGAACUUGCAGGCAAGUGUUGGUAGGGUUUGCAACUUUUCCAGAAUACUUCUCUAGGGAACAAGAAUGUUUUUAAUGGCAUAACAAAGGCAAGACUCUGCCUUAAUUUUUUGGAAAAAAAAAGCUGCUGCUAACUACAUGAACAAAAAUUAUAUUUUUGUUGUAGUGUAGUUUUUAUUCUGUGUAAUUUAAAAAUCAGUGUUGGAACUUUGGUGAAAGCUCACGAUACUCUUAAGUGGCAAAUACUUGGCUAGCAGAUGCCAAACCAAGAGCCGGAACUUUUGAGGCCAGUAGUUUUUUUCUCUAGAAUGGAUUUUUCUCUCCCUGGUUACAUAAGGGGCAUUAUGUAACGCAAGCCAAACGGUAGCUUCCAAGGAUCUCUUCUCCAUGAUUUUUAAUGAGUUAUCUCAAAUUGUAAGUUAAACUACCUAAAACAAUACCAAAGAUAAUGCAUAAUUUUGCACAGUUGAGCUUACUUUCAAAAGGAAAACUAAAAGUCAACAACAAUAACAACAAAAAACAGGCUGCUUAGGAAAAACAAAGCAGGAACUUAACAUCUUGAGCCUCAGUGGACUGGAACUGCCCCAUCAUUUUGCACCUUAUUCAGAAGACAGAGCAUGAGACAUAGAGCCUAGGAAAGUGCAACAUUUCCCCCCUUAAUGCAACUCUGUUAUUUUUAGGGGAGAAGGAAAAAGGAAGUGAAAUUUCAAAAGAUACACGGAGGGGAAAAACAUGACACAAACCAACAUCUGUUCUCUGCUUGCUAGGUAACAUCAAGCAAGGCUGCUUCAGAAGGUCAAGUGGGUUGUUUUGUUUUAGGUUGGGGUUAUUUUGCACAUUCCGAAACUGCUUCUAAGAGGUAGUGUCCUGGCCUAGCUGAGUCUGCAUUCUGAAAACUGAGCCAUCCAGCAGGAAAAAGAGGCUGUGACUGAACCCCCUUGACUGUCAUUCCAGUUCCAGUUACGCUCAAGCCAGGCUCAGACAAGGCACUGAGCUGCACCCUGAGGGUCACUCUCUCUUCCUAAGGGCAUCUGGGAAGGGCUGUACAUGUCACACAGAACUGUAAAUGACAGGAAGGUAAAGCAGGGGAGGGAGUGGACGUGCCACUCUGAUGCAGCAACAGGAAGAAGAGGGGAAAGGUUGUUUUAUUUAUUAUUAUUAUUAUUAUUGUUAUUAUUAUUAUUUUUGGCCAAGGGAAGAGUGACAAAAUGUAAUGAUUUUCUAGGGUCAAAAGAAAAAAAAAACAUUUAAACAAUAAGCAAAAUAAGGAGUGAAGGGGAUAAUUCUGUCAAAGAGUUGUUUUCUCCUUCAUUUUUGCAUACUCAGUUGAGUGCACACUCAGUGUUGGUCAUUGUCUCCCAUGGAGCCCUAAAGCAUAUAUACAUAUAUAUUUUUAAAUGAUAUGCUGGUUUCUCUGAAGGCUAUUCUUUUGCCUUACUUGCUUUAAAACCUCCUGCCAUACUAGCUCCAUAAAGAGACUUAGAUGUUGCUUAGAAAUCCCUCAUCUGAGUCCUGUGGUUACUGACUCCCCCUACCCCACCAACCCCAUCUUAAUCUAAGUCUCCAAGUCAGCUCUUAUGGUAUUAGAUCACUGUAUGCCAUUAAAAAACAGCUUGUUCUGAUGUCAUAGUUUUUGUAAAUGGACAUCUGUGAUGAUCUCUGAUUGCUGAACAUCCCUACCUGAAGGAAAUGCCUGCGGCAGCCUGUGGCAUCUGCCACCUCCAUAGUUCUGAAACUGGGGAAAUAGUUGCAUUGGAAGAGCAAAUUUGGAUAAGAAAGAGGAUGGAAGAUACUGCAGAGGGAGGUAUAGGGAGGAGAGGCUUUUAAAAAGGAGACGGAGAUCAGUAGGGCUUAGGAAUUGAGGGCACAAGGAAAGAACAGAAAAAUGAUGGUCCUUGACAAUGAAGGCAAAUGAUUGCUUUAAGUGCUGCUAUAUAUGGGAAUGUCCUUGCAAAGUAUGACAGCAAUCAAACCAAAGAGUAUUCAGUGACAUGUAAAACAAAUGAAGACACCUUUGAGAAGUGGAUGGGCUCAGUGGAGGUUAUUUUCUCCCUUUCCCACCCAAAUACACAGAGCCACCACUUAGGAGAUUUGAGAUGAGUGAACGGGGUAGGGGUGGGAGGAGUAAGGACUGAGGGUGGCAUAUUUAACUAUUUCUAAAAGAAAAACAAAUUAAAAUUUCUGCUGCACAGGUUUGGGGUUUCCUUUUUUCACAAAAAAAUUUUUUUGCAGAAAAUACAUUUUUAAAGUGUACAUUUUAUACAGUUUAUCAGAUAUUUUCAUAUUUAAAGCCAAAUGUAAAUAGAUGUCUAUAAAGAAAAAAAUGCCAUAGGAAGUAUAAAUUUCAGUGCAACAAAUUUUGUUAGCUAGUACCUGUAUGCUGCUGGUUAGCAUGGUUUUAGCAAAUAUUCCAAAACCUUAUAGGGCUCUUAAUGCUAUGGGCUUCUGUUAUUUAUUUAAGCAUGGACUUUUAAUUUGAAAAUAUUUUCUAGUUACAGGCAUUUUAAACAAGCUUUCAGAUGGCUAAUUUGUCAACAAUGGAGACUUAGACAAUGCACUGCUCUCCUUGCUGUAUUUGUUUUCCUUUCCUUUUUUUUUCUUUGCUUUGAACCCUUUGUACUUACUGAUUGGAUGUUAGAUGUUUCCUUACAGAACUUGCAAAUCUGACACUUGGGUGCAGGUGGGAGCCACUGUGAAAGUGACAAAUAUAAAUCUUCGAGCCUUCCCGGUUCCUUAAGUGUGGCUUCUCUAUUUGCAAGCACAACUACCGUUGGCCUUACUUAGAAUUGUUCCUCCUUAUACUGCUUUCACCCCUUUCAAAGAUGGUAUGGUUCAGAGACUUAGAUGGGAAUUUUUUUUCCCCUGGGUUUCUUGUUAUAUAUUUAUAUUUUUGUUAAUGGGGGAAGAGAAGACUCAGACAUAAUGACUAUAUUUUGCUAAGUGAGACAAGAAGUUUUCUAUCCUUCAAAGAGAAUACUUGAAUGAGACAUUUUAACAAUGUCAUAAAAAUAACACUGCAGCCAUUUCCAAAUUCUGGUUAUUUUUUCCUCCUUAUCUCAUCCUUGGUUAUUAUUCACUACCACCACCACCACCACCUCCACCACCUCCACCACCUCCACCUCCUCCUCCUUCUCUUCAUCUGAUUAGAAAGUACUAAUGCUUGUUUUGCUUAAUUUGAUCUAUUCACUUCCUGCAAUUUAUCAGAUUAAUUCCCUUAAUCACCCCCCCUCCCCCUACUAAAGAAAGACAGGAUCUGCUGAGUUUUCUUGGAUUAAGUUCUGGUUUUCAUUAGAAAGGGAAAUUAGAUGGUUGAAAUUAGAACGUAAAAAACAGAAAUUCUAUAUUGUAGAAUCUUUCAGGCCCUCACUGGUUGUUCUCUUAUUAAAGAUAAAGAGUGUUACAUGAUGCCCACCAUUCCUUUACCAACUAGAUCUGUUUUCCUAUAACUGGCUUUCAGCUCUGGCAAGAUGAACAAUCUAGGCAUUUGACAAUCGUUGUACAUUACUAUGUUCCUGUUUGCCAUCUUUUUUUUUUUUUUGUAUCAAAGUCUUCCUAUUGUACUGCACAAAUCAUGGAUUGUACAUAUUUUU